CAUUUCCUGAGCGGGGCGGAGCUGCUCCAAAUAUCCAGAGCCAGACCUCACCCUGGAGCUUUUCAGAACAUUCUUCUCUAGGUGUGACUCCCCUGGGUGCAGCCAUGGAAGGCAUCAUAGCCUCUUCCCUCGCUAAGACAGCGAUCCUGGCCAAAGCUGGCGGGAUGGCCUCUGGCACUGUCCUGGCUGGACUGUCAUCAGUGGGGCUCACCCUGUCAUCCAACGCUGCCCUGGGCUCGGCUGCAUCUGCCCUGGGGUCCAUGCUGGGGACACUGAAAGCCUCCUGUGUCCUGGGAUCCCCCAUGGCAGCCCUGACUGCUUGCCCACUUGGAGCCAAGGCUGCUGCAGUUGUCAUCGGCGGAGCUGUAACUGUGGGCGCUGUGCCCGUGGUCCUGGGCACCUUGGGCUUCACCAGCGGAGGAAUCGCUGCCUCCUCCAUAGCGGCCAAGAUGAUGUCCGUGGCCGCCAUCGCCAACGGGGGAGGGGUUGCCUCUGGCAGCCUUGUGGCUACUCUGCAGUCCAUUGGAGCAUCAGGACUGUCCCUGUCAUCCAAAGUCAUCCUUGGCUCCACUGGAUCUGCCCUGGUGUCCCUCAUAGUAUAACUCCCUGUCACUCCAGUGCAGAGAGAAAACCAAGUGAGGCCCUUUCCACCAGUCUGAUGCAGUGGGAACCAGACCCGGGGUGACAGUGCCACAUGCUGCACCCCCUGAGGAAUAAAAAUGAAGUGUGCACACUG